AUGCCACCUAAGGAGGUGAAAGACACUGUUAAGAAAUCUGGUCGGGGGAGAAAGAGUAAAGAGGAUGCUGCGAGUUUGCAAUUUGAACAAGACUGCAUAAACGCAUUCACUAGGCGUGUACUAAAGGAGAAGGCCGGAAAUUACAGGCCUUUAAAGAGGGGUAUUGAUGGUAAAUUCAUAUAUCCACAUGCAUCUGGCGUUACUACAAAUAGAGGCAACAAACUGUUGCAAGGGAGCGAACUGAUCUCCAGGAACAGAUUGGACACAUCACGGCCGUUAGAGGAAGAGAAAGUAUUCUACAAUGGUUCUGAGCAUAGACUUCUCCAAAGUACUCGAAAGAGAAUGAAGUUCCCUACGAUUCCACAAUCUGAAUCAGUGCUCCAGACGUUGCCUACAGAUGAUCCAUUGGAAGAGGACUUUGAUGAAAUAAAUAACCUGUCAAAGCUUGUAAAUGUACGGGAAUUAUUGACACCAAUAUCAUCAUUAGCUGAUAUUUGUAAAAGGGAUUCUAUCAAAAGGACUUUUAAUAGGACUAUUCUAAAAGAUUUGGCACUGAACUGUAUUUUGAUGAUUGAAAAAGAACAAAACUCAGUGACUACUUACUCACAACUACUGGAUGUAUUUCUAGGUGACUACCCAACGCCAAUAUACGAAAAAACGCUACGAUUACCUAAAUAUGAUCAUAGUCUCACGUUGAAAGAAGAAGACUUAGAGGACGGAUCACAAUUAGAACUUAUAAACUCGGAUACAAGGAACGCUAACGAUAAAGAUAAACAGGCCAGGGUUACAAUGUUUACUAGAAAAAUACCUACACAUACAUAUUAUGAUCUACUGGAGGAGUCUAAGACACAACAAGAUGAUAAAACUGAUGACGAAAUAGCAGAAGAAGAUUCUGAUCCAUUCUUCGCAGUACCGAAUUUGGCCCUACCAGAAUCCUACCAGAAGUUAUUACCAGAAACUGCUUCACCUAGAGUUUUGGAAGAAGUAGAAAAUGCAAGGCAGCUAGUUCAGAUAGCAUUACAGAGAAAUCAAGAAUUCAUAAGGAACCUUCAAAAGAUCAGGGGAUGUAUUGUUAAAUGCAAUAGAAUUAGAGAACGUAUUACUUCCUGGAGUCGUGAAUACGCAAGUAUACCCGAAGAAGGUGUUACAGUGCCGAAUGCGUUAAGAGCAGCUAAGCGUGGUAUCAUAAGUGCCACGACAAAUAGAUCAAUGAGUGUGGAUGAAGGUGUACGAGAUGGUCAGGGUGAUAAAGAGGAUGAGGAGUAG